UAAAAAUGCCAAGUGUAAUGACAUAUUUCAACUGAUCAUUUAAAAUUACUUUCGGUAUUUAAGUAGUAUUCAAAAUUCAUUAACUCAAAAUAUUGUUAAAAUGUUGGAUAUUGUAAAACCUGAAGUGAAUAAAAUAAAACAUAUUGAAUAUCUUUGUUCAGAUUUAGGUCUAAAAUCUCCACCAACUGGAAGCUCUUCUACUUCAAAUUUAAAGGUUGACCAAGUAAUAAUUGAAAGAUACACCGAAUUUAUUCAAUCAAAAUCCACUUUAUUAACAAAUGGAACGUACGAACCUUUAGAAAGACCCUUCGACUACUUUGAUGAAGAGUUUGCUUUUGGAAUUAAUUUACUUAACAAUAAUGUGUCUUGUGUUGGGAAUAACAUGACUAAACUAAUUCAAAUGGCUCAAGAGCCAUGGCCCGACAAUGUCAAGCUAUUUCAACCUUACGAAGUGGAACAAAUCUUGCUACCUGAUAAUGCUAGUUGUCUUGCGGUCCAAGCAUUUUUAAAGAUGUGCAACCUUCCAUUUGAAGUUGAGAUGCGUUGGAAUGCGGAAUUCAUGUCACCGUCUGGUCGAGUACCGUUUAUAAAGUGCGGUGCAUUUGUUGUGUCUGAAUUGGAACCUAUUGUGCAGUUUGCGGCCAAUAAAGGUGUAUCAUUAUGUGGCCGUUUGUCUACCGAGGAGAAGGCUGAAAUGAGAGCAUAUAUGAGUCUCAUCACAAAUGUCCUGGUUAAUGCUGAGUUGUAUAUAUCAUGGGUGGACAAUGACACAUUCAAUGCGGUGACUCGUGUACGGAAUGCCUCCGUAUACCCCUGGCCAUUAGGCUGGCUACAGACCAGAUCCAAGAGGAAUAAUGUUAUAAAACGAUUGAAAGCGUUGCACUGGUAUGACAAGACUUUGGAUCAAGUAUUAGCUGAUGUUGAACAGUGUUUCAAUUCUUUGAGCCAACGUCUCGGUGAACGGGACUACUUCUUUGGAACGCCAACAGAGUUAGAUGCGCUGGUGUUUGGACAUGUCUUCACAAUAAUCACGACUCGGUUGCCGUGUCGUAAGCUGGCGGACAUCGUGCGCCGUCAUGACACCCUGGUCGCUCUCGCUAAACGCAUCGAUGAGCAAUACUUUAAGCGGCCAUAGCGCCACGUCUUCAAGGACAUAUCUACCGUGUUUAGAAGUCCUUGAACCCCCUAUAUCUUCCUCCUUUAUACUUUAAAUACAGACUAGAUUAGGUUAAUUCAUACUGGAAUGCAUUGUCUGUUUACAUUUUUCCAGUUGAAAUCCAGCGCUGGAUUUGAUUGUUGACUGGAAUAAUGUAAACGGGGCAUUAUUCUUGCAUUAUUUUAAGUUAUGAUGAGUUUUAACUGUUGUAACUCUUUUAAAACAUUAUAGCUAUGUGUUGCGAUAGCAAAAAAACUUACUAUCGUGUUAUGAGUUUUGUCAUGAAUAGUUUGUAUUAUAUUUGGAAAAGUCCAAAUUUCAAGUUAAAACAUUUUAUUAAAUAAUUAUGAAUCGUGCAAUUGUUUAUCAUAUUAACACACUCAUUGUUGUCUAAAUGUUACUUAAGUAAUGUUUAAUUAUUAUUUAAAUUUAGAUUUAGUAUAGUUAAGUUAAUGUAACAAAAUAAGAAGUUAAUAAAAUAAUAAUUACAUAUUAUAUUAGGUAAAGAUCGGUAAAGCUUUGAACUGCCGAUGUGGAACUUUUAAUUUCUUGAGUUUUCACUGGUGAAACACGAGUAUGAAAACAUAGUAUUAUCUUGACGUUUUAGCAGUGAAAAUUCACAGAAUGUUUCCGUAAAGUGUUGAUAAGGGUCUUGUUGUUAGUUGCUUUUGACUUUUAUUGUCGAACCUGGGUAAUUUAGAAAAAUAUCACUGUCUCUGAUUCUCGAUAAUCCAGGUUCAACUGUACAUAACCACAGAAAUCUAAUAAUUAGAUGUUUGCUAAAGUUCGUCCAUACAAAUAUUUUCCUAAAGCUGGCUUAGUUUUAUAAAAAAAAUAUGUCAUAAUAAGUAAAGUUCAUAUCAGUUUUUAAACAUAAAAGUACCUUAUUUCUACCUCGAGUAACAUCCUGAGUGUAGUGUUUCAUCAUAGUAUUACCAAUUUAACUAUUAUUUAAUUAAUCUAGAAAUAAUAAAGUAUAGACUAGCAUUUAAAAAUAAAUAUAAAAUGGCUAAGGUGUGUUGGCAUCAGGGGCUCUUCUUCAGGGCAAGUGGGUCUGGUAAUGUUCGCUGUAGCGGCCAUCUUUAGUAAAAUUUAUUUACUGUGUGUGUUUUUUGUGUACUAUAAAGGUUUGCUUUGAUUUGAGUAGCACAAAUUUUGUUUUAAAUUUGUAAAUGGAUUCAAUGGCUUGGAUCUAAAAUGUAAUUUUUUUAUUGAUUUACCUUUAUUUAAUGCACAUUGUUGAGUAAACAUAGUUUUUAAAAAGAAAAUGUGUAUUCUGCCUUAAUAGUACAGGAGCUAGCAACGUUUGAAAAGAAAGAAUUUCAGGUCAGCUGAUUUUGUGAUAUGUCGUCCUCCUUGGUCUUUCGGUUAGUGUUUUUACAAUCCAGGAUUUUUACCUAGACAGGUAGGAUGCACUAAUGAACGCAACCUCUACCGCCAGCCAGAAAGAAUUUAACCGAAAGAGCAAGAAGGCCGUACAUAUGACAAAAUCAGCUGACCUGAAAUUCUUACUUUUCAAACGUUUUUUCUCCUGUACCAUAAAGUAUAAAUAUACUUUAUUGUAGUAAUAAAAGUGGACAAAUUCUGAAAUAUGCAUAUUGUGGAUACUAUAGUUCAAAUUAUUGAAAAUUUUCUGUACACCAUAUUAUUGGUUCAUUUUU